GCUGUCAGCUGACUGGUAGCCGUCACAACCACAACACCACAACACCUCUACUGCUACUGACAGCUAGCUGCAGCUAGGACCGGGUUGGACCGGGUCUGUGGUGGCCCAGAGGAGGUUAGAUGUUUCCCGGAGCCAGCAGAACCGUCCACGGAGCUCUGAGCAGCAGCAGCGCCGCGUCAUGGCAGCAGAGAUCCAGCCCGGACCGCAGGCUCGGAAGCCCGGACUGCUCAGCAAGAUAGAGGCUUUCCAGGAUGUCGUGAGCACCGCGGUCAUCAUCCCGAGAGAGGACGGUGUUAUCAGCGUGUCAGAGGACAGGACGAUCCGGGUCUGGCUGAAGAGAGACAGCGGUCAGUACUGGCCCAGUGUCUACCACACCUUGUCAACGUCGUGCUCCUGUAUGUCCUUUAACCCAGAGACCAGGAGGCUGUCGGUGGGGAUGGAUACCGGGACUAUCUCUGAGUUCAUCCUGUCAGAAGACUACAACAAGAUGACCCCAGCGAGCACAUACCAGGCCCAUCAGGGCCGAGUGACGGUGGUUCUGUUCGUGUUGGAGAUGGAGUGGCUUCUGAGCACCGGCCAGGACAAAAACUUCAACUGGCACUGCUCGGAGAGCGGCCAGCAGCUGGGGACGUACCGCACCGCCGCCUGGGUCUCAGGUCUACAGUUUGACGUGGAGACCAGACACGCCUUCGUAGGAGACCAGUCUGGUCAGGUGACCAUCCUGAAGCUGGAGCAGGACAGCUGCAGCCUGGUGACCACCUUCAAGGGACACACCGGUAAUGUGACGGCGCUGUGUUGGGACCCGGUCCAGAGGGUUCUGUUCUCCGGCAGCUCGGACCACUCCAUCAUCAUGUGGGACAUCGGAGGACGCAAAGGCACCGCCAUCGAACUGCAAGGACACAAUGACAGGGUUCAGGGUUUGUGUUACGCCUCACACACUCGUCAGCUGAUCUCCUGCAGCUCAGACGGAGGAAUCGUCAUCUGGAACAUGGACGUCACACGACAAGAGACCCCCGAGUGGUUGGACAGUGACUCCUGUCAGAAGUGUGAGCAGCCGUUCUUCUGGAACUUCAAACAGAUGUGGGACAGCAAGAAGAUCGGCCUGCGACAGCACCACUGCAGGAAGUGCGGCCAGGCGGUGUGCGGUAAAUGUUCGUCCAAGCGCUCCACCAUCCCCCUCAUGGGCUUCGAGUUCGAGGUCCGAGUGUGCGACAGCUGCCACGAGUCCAUCACCGACGAGGACCGAGCGCCCACCGCCACCUUCCACGACAGCAAGCACAGCAUCGUUCACAUGCACUACGAGCCCACCACCGGGAACCUGCUCACCUCCGGCACCGACAAGGUCGUCAAGCUAUGGGACAUGACUCCUGUGGUGUCCUGAGGUCCGGUCUGUUCACCAGAUUCUGGUUCUAACGGCGGCCGUCGGAACAGAAAGAGAGAAGCAGAUCCAACACUCCUGAUGCCAGCUGGGUAAUAUUGAACAGUUCUUGAACGUGAGGCGGUGUCUGUUGAUCACAGAGAGGACGCUGCAGGCCGCUGGAGGCUGAGGACAGGACGCCACGUUACCGACGGACGGGCGUUUGUUUGUGUUGGUCUCUCUGUGUGUCUGUACUGUAUGUGACUUUAUAAGGAGCUGACACGCCUUAUUUACUUAAUUAUCAUCAUGCAUUCCUGCCGACCUCCUCCUGGAAACUCUCCUCCCAGUCAGUGACACAUUAACUGGAGCGUAACUCA